GUGCUACCCCUCCCCUCCCCUCACCCAGCUCUCUCUCACUUGCCCCGCGUGAGACCCCUCCCCCAGUUCGUUCUCCAUCUCCCCUGCCUCGCGUCUCCAUCUCCAUCUCCCCUCACCUAGUUCGUCUUCGUUCGUCUCCCCUGCCCUGCGUCUCCAUCUCCGACCGUCUCCCCUCCGCUCCCCUCAUCCAGUUCGACUUCUUCAAAGUACUCGGAAAGGGUUUUUUCCAAGACAAUUCGAGCAUUGCAAUGGAUGUCAACAUAAAAUAUUCAGAUAAUGCGUGUGAUGAGUUAGGAAUUGAUAAGGAGAUUGGAGGUGAUGAAACUAUUGAAGAACCUACGGUUGGAAUGCAAUUUUCAUCUGUAGAAGAAGUGCAUGCUUACUAUAUGAAGUAUGGUAAGAAAAAAGGGUUUGGGGUAUCCAAAAGGAAUUCUAGACAGAAUGACGAUGGGACGGUAAGAUGGUUUUGCUUGGCAUGCUCGCGAGGAGGCAUAUCAAAGAGUAGGACUGCCAAUGUUAUGAAACCAAGACAAACGGUAAAGAUGGGGUGUAAGGCUAGGAUUAAUGCGGUAUUCAAUGAUGAAGGUGUAUAUACUAUAUCUAAGGUGAUAUUGGAUCACACACACGCCUGUAGUCCGGGAAAGACAAGACAUUUCAGAUGCUUUAAGAAGGUUGAUGCUCGUGUCGCUAAGAGACUUGAAAUAAAUGACGAGACAAAAAUAGGAUUGUCCAAUAAUUUUAAGUCUGUGGUUGUUGAGGCGGAGGGUUAUGAUAAUGUAACAUUCGGGGAGAAUGAGUGUCGAAACUACAUUGACAAUGCACGACGACUUCGUCUUGGGGUUGGAGGCGGUGUAGCUCUAUGUAACUAUUUCGAAGAUAUGCAAAAAAGAAAUCCAGAGUUUUAUUAUAAGAUAGACGUUGACAAUGAGAUGCGGUUAAAAAAUAUGUUUUGGGCAGAUGCUCGGAGUAGAGCUAUGUAUGAAUCAUUCGGGGAUGUGAUUACAUUUGAUACAACAUAUCUGACUAAUGCAUAUAAAAUGUCUUUUGCAUCGUUUGUAGGUGUGAACCACCAUGGGCAGUCAAUCCUAUUCGGAUGCGGAUUGAUAUCCAGUGAGGACGCAUAUACAUUCGAGUGGUUAUUUGAGUCAUGGUUGCAGUGUAUGAAUAACCAACCGCCAAAUGCAAUCAUCACAGACCAAGACAAUGCCAUGAAAAUUGCAAUCUCGAGGGUGUUAUCAAUUUCUAGGCAUCGAUUCUGCUUGUGGCAUAUAAUGAAAAGGCUUCCUGAGAAGUUUGGAUCACAUUGUCGAUAUGGAGAAAUCAAGAGUGCUAUACAUAGGUGCGUUUAUGACUCUUUCAGUGAGCAUGAGUUUGAGGAACAUUGGUGUCAUAUGCUCAAUACAUAUGAUUUGCAUGAGAAUGCAUGGUUGGUAUCACUGUAUAGUGAUCGGCAUUUUUGGGUGCCGACCUAUGUUAAAAACACAUUUUGGGCAGGAAUGUCAACUACACAACCGAGUGAAGGAAUGAAUGCAUUUUUUGGUGACUACAUUCACUCUAGAACUACUCUGAAUCAAUUUGUUGACCAGUAUGAUUCAGCCCUUAAGAGGAAUGUAGAGAAUGAAACAAUUGCUAACUUUAAAUCUUUUAACACAAACAUUCCUUGCAUCAGUCGCUAUCCUUUUGAGAAGCAAUUUCAAAGUGCAUAUACUCUUGCUAAGUUUAAAGAAGUACAAGAUGAAUUGCGAGGAUUUCUAUAUUUGACUACUAAGGAGAUGGGGUGUGAGAGUGGUAGAUAUACGUUCGUUGUUGUGGAUGAGGUUCAAGUUGGUGAUGACUUAUUAAAACGUGUAACCUUUAUUGUCAAAGUUGAUCAAGAUCCCCUUGAUGUGGAAUGCAGUUGUAAGUUAUUUGAGUUUAGAGGUAUUUUGUGCAGGCACGCUCUCCGUAUCUUAACUCAGAUGGGCCAACAUACAAUACCAUCAAAAUACAUCUUGGAUCGGUGGAGGAAAGAUGUUAAGCGAAAAUACACCUUUGUGAAAAGUAGUUAUGACACUAGUAGUAUCGACGAUACGCGAAGGUAUGAUAGGAUCCAAAAUUGCUUCUAUGAACUAUGUUUUAAUGCUUCAAAGGCCGAGAGCAGUUGUCUUAAAUUGAUUAGUCAGAUAGAACAAUUGAAGACACAGUAUCAUGGUAUUGCUGAUCAUGAUACUAGCAACACAGUUGAUACAACUAAUUAAAUGGAGGGCACGACAGGUAGAUGCCAUGAGAUAAUUUUGUAAUCUUGGUCACAAUGACAUGUUUAGAUCAUUAAUUAUACCUGUUUUGUAAUAUUGGUCACAAUUUUGUAAUUUGAAAUCUUGGGAUUUAUUGAACCUGUUUUUGUAACUCUUUGUUGAUGUAAGCAAUCAUGGUUUUCCUCCA